AUGCAAUUACUACUAGGAGUGGAAAACUCAUUCAGCCUACAGAAGCAUUAUGAAAAAAAGAAAAAUGAUGAGGAACCUAUUGUUGAAGAAGAGAAGAAAGAAAAAGUAAAGGAUAUAAUUGAAGUUGAAAAGGAAAUUAAAGCAAGAGAUUCAGAAGCAACAAUAUCAAAGUUUCUAGACAUUUUCAAGAAGUUGCAGAUCAACAUUCCUUUUGCUGAAGCCUUGGAGAAUAUGUCCAACUAUGCAAAGUUCAUGAAGGAUCUACUAUCAAUGAAGCGUAAGUUGCGGGAAUGUGAGGCGGUUACUCUAACAGAGAAAUGCAGUGCCAUUAUCCAGAACAAAUUACCUAAAAUGCUCAAGGAUCUAGGAAGCUUCAGCAUUCCAUGCACCAUAGGCAAGGUGGAAGUGGAUAAUGUUCUAUGUGAUCUCGAUGCCAGCAUCAACGUGAUGCCAUUGUCAAUGAUAAAGAAGUUGGGUAUCACUGAAGUAAAGCCAACUAGGACAGUCUUGCAACUAGAUGACCUUUCCACAAAGCAAGCGUUUGGCAUCAUUAAGGAUAUACUGGUCAAGGUAGAUAAGUUCAUCAUAACACAAAAAUAUUAG